AUGGAAACGGAGAAAGUGGUAUCAGAGAUGGAAGAGCUGCCUAAGACUAUCGUGCGCAGAGUGUUUAAGGAUAAGCUCAACGAGUGUUCACCCGAUACCGACAUCACCGUCAACAAAGACUCUCUUCUCGCUUUCUCCGAAAGUGCCCGUAUCUUUAUCCACUACCUCUCCGCCACGGCCAAUGAUAUAUGCAAGGAGUCAAAGAGGCAAACUAUUAAUGCUGAUGAUGUAUUAAAAGCAAUUGAAGAAAUUGACUUUCCUGAGUUCGUUGGCCCUCUUAAAGCUUCCCUUGAUGAUAUUGUAGGCAACAAAGCUAUUUGUGAAUAUCGGCGUAAAAUUUGCUACAGAAGAGAAAUAUAA